AUGAAGACUUUCACCCUUUUCGCUCUUUCCCUCGUCGGCCCUCUCGCUGAGGCCGCUGCCAUUAUUCAAGGCGAUCGUAAUGGUCAUGCAGAAUGGAAUUCGACAUUGCCGCGCCCUGGUUUCCCUGGCAUCUUGGGCAAGAAGUCUCUUGCCGGUCCCCUGAAUGACACCUUGCCAGCCGGCUACUUUCUCCUGGCCAAUGGCGGAAAGACUGAGGUGGUCAAUGAGGAUCAGCUCAAGGCAUUCCUCAAGGCCGAGGGAAUCGCUCUGGCACCGUCCAUCGACGAGUCUUGGCUGGACUUUACACCUCCUGCCGACGUCCUCGAGUCCCUCAAGGCCAACUCUUCAGCACUGUCGGCCCGCCAGUCCAGCUGCGAGAGGACCACGUCCUACGUGACUGACAAGGAGGAGCGCUUUGUCAACUGGGACGUGCAAAUGUCCCCUGUGGUUCUGGGCACCGCUGAGGGCAUCACCGUCUCUGUGGCUUCGGGCUACAGCGUCGCCAACUCGAUUUCGGCCUCGGCCGGUAUUGAUGUUACGCUCAUCAAGGACUACCUCUCGGGCUCGGCCGGCGUCGACUACACCACCACCUGGACCACCACUACUUCCAACACGUACACCACCACCGUCAAGGAUGGUGAUGCGGGUGUCUGGAUCACGCGCCCCUGGACCAACCGCAAAUCCGGACGUACCAUGCAAGGGUGCCCCGGAUCGUUGACCCAGACCGGCACUUGGCAGGCGGAUUCCUACGAGGAUGGGUCAUAUGACAAUGCCAAGUGGGUGAGCGGCUUCAUCACGACUUGCGUCAAGACAGCUCCUACCAGCGGGCAGCUGACCCGGUGCAACGGUGGAGGAGUCUUCGUCUAG